AUUUUUUAAAUUUUAAACACAUAAACUGCUGCCAAAGAAGACUACUAAUUAUAAAAACAAAAACAAAAAACACAAACUAAUACCAUUUCUCCUCCUCCCAGCGUCCAACCACCCACUGUACUCCACAUACAUAAUUUCCUCAUGGCAGAGACCGCCGCCGCCGCCGCCGCCGCAGUUGCCGCCGAAUCCUCCUCUCCGGCGCCGUCCAUCGACCCUCGCAGCGGCUUCUGCGCAGCGACGAGGACCUUCCACAGCCUCCGCCCAGCCUCCCCCCUCCCUCCCCCUUCCCUCCCCCUCUCCUUCCCCUCCUUCGCCUUCUCCUUCCUCCCUUCUUCCCCCCUCCCCUCCCACCCCGCUCUCGUCGACGCCGCCAAUGGCGACGCCAUCUCCUACCCGGAGCUGCUCUCUCAAACCCGCUCCCUCGCCGCCGCGCUCCGCUCCACCGUCGCCGUGUCCAAAGGCGACGUCGCCUUCGUCCUCUCCCCGCCGCGCCUCGACGUCCCCGUCCUCUACUUGGCUCUCCUCUCCCUCGGCGUCGUCGUCUCCCCUGCGAACCCUGUUUCGACCCCUCCGGAGAUCUCCCGCCUCGUCGGCCUCUCGAGACCCUCCGUCGCCUUCGCCACCUCCUCCACCGCCCACAAGCUCCCGUCCGACCUCCCCACCGUCCUCCUCGACUCCCCCCGAUUCCGCUCCUUCUUGAAAGCCGACUCUGCGCCCGUUCCCGACGUCGAGAUCAUGCAGUCGGACACGGCGGCCAUCCAGUACUCGUCCGGCACCACGGGGCAGGUGAAGGCGGCGGCGCUGCCGCACCGCAGCUUCAUCGCCAUGGCCGCCGGAUUCCACGCGCUGCGCCCUGUCGACGGACCGCAGCAGGUGACCCUGCUGGGGGCGCCGAUGUUCCACUCCCUGGGGUUCUUCUUCGCGCUGAAGGGGGUGGCGCUGGCGGAGACGACGGUGGUGAUGACGGCGGAGGCGUCGCGCUACGGCCUGCCGGCGCUCCGGCGAGUCGUGUGCGGCGGGGCGCCGCUGCACGUGGCGGCGGCCCGGCGGUUCCAAUCACGCUUCCCACGCGUGGAGCUGCAGCAGGGAUAUGGUGCGACAGAGGCCGGAGGUAUAUCGAGGAUGAUCAACCCCGAAGAAUGCUGUCAUCUGAGAUCCGCCGGUCGCCUUGCGCAGAACGUCGAAGUGAAAAUCGUAGACCAUGUCACUGGUAAUAUACUGUCAGUUGGCCAAAAAGGAGAGCUUUGGGUCCGAGGCCCGGCUCUCAUGAAAGGUUACGUCGGGGACGACGAAGCGAAUGCUUCAGCCUUUGAUAGCGAAGGGUGGUUGAAGACGGGCGAUCUUUGUUACAUUGAUCAAGAUGGAUUUGUUCAUGUAGUUGAUAGGCUUAAAGAGCUAAUCAAAUACAAGGCGUACCAGGUUCCACCUGCAGAGUUGGAGCACGUGCUCCAAUCUUCUCCGAAGAUCCUCGACGCGGCCGUGAUACCGUAUCCUCAUGAAGAAGCUGGUCAAAUACCUGUGGCACUUGUGGUGAGACAACCAGGAUGCGAUAUCAGCGAAACCGAAGUAAUGGAUUAUGUUGCUCAGCAGGUCGCGCCGUAUAAGAAGAUACGCAAGGUUCUGUUUGUUGACAGAAUACCAAAAUCGCCAUCUGGGAAGAUACUAAGAAGGGAAAUUAUAAACCAAAUAUGUGGCUCUGUUUCUAGACUAUGACUUGUAUGGUUGGUGUGGUGAUUAAUGAGAAUUGUGAAGUAUACAUUACUAUCUUGAUACAUAAUUUCUACAUUUAUAUUGAUGUUAAUUUCCGUUUUGCUUCA